CGCUCCUCUCGGCUGCGCGGCAGGACCCGCAGGACCCGCCCGAGCGACUCUUCAUUCCAUCCUUUCUGGAAUGGAGAUUUCUUCCCACCAGUUUCACCUCCUGGAGCAACUGAAUGAGCAGCGCAGGCAGGACUUGUUCUGUGACUGCAAUAUCCUGGUGGAGGGCAAGGUCUUCAAGGCCCAUCGCAAUGUGCUGUUUGCCAGCAGCGGGUACUUCAAAAUGCUCCUCUCACAGAGCUCGAAGGAGACCACUCAGCCAACAACAGCUACUUUCCAGGCAUUUUCUCCUGACACCUUUACAGUUAUUCUAGAUUUUGUGUAUUCAGGCAAACUGUGCCUCACUGGCCAGAACGUCAUCGAGGUGAUGUCAGCUGCCAGCUACCUGCAGAUGACCGAUGUGAUCAGCGUGUGUAAAACCUUCAUCAAGUCAUCUCUGGACAUUAGUGAGAAGGAGAAGGAUCGGUACUUCAGCCUGUCAGACAAGGAUGUGAAUUCCAACGGCGUGGAGCGAUCCUGCCUGUACGGAGCUGGCUGGAGGGCAGAGAGCAGCCCCCCCCAUUCACACCUAAGUCCAGACCAAGGGACAUGUAUGAUGGGUGGAAAUGCUUGGAGCAAUUUCAGCUACUAUCCGAGCUCUCAAAGAAAUGCCCAGCAGCAGCUGCCCAAACACGAGCAACGGCAGGAUUCCAUGAAGAAAUCCAGGCACCUAGGACUGCAGCAGCCUUCUGACAUUCCUCACUAUAAAUCAAGCAAACUGGAGGAGAGGGCUGCCGAGCCCGCUGGCCACAUCGCUCCGGCUGAGGAGCAGGUUCAGAUUGACACAGAGGUGGGAUCUCCUCACGUGGGAUACCAGUACGGCCAAGGGGCUGAGGUGAUCCCGAGGAGCUUGGCUGUGUCACAGCAGGAGCAUGAAUCGCCCCGAUCUUCUAGUAAAUCCAAGUCUUCAAAAGCAGAGGAGCAGUACGCCAGCAUGCCCUCCAUCCUGGGUGUCAUGGGAAACUGGGCUGAAGAUGAUCUGCCCAGGAUGAGGUUCAAGUGCCCGUUCUGCACACACGUGGUGAAAAGAAAAGCAGACCUGAAGCGACACCUUCGCUGUCACACAGGAGAGCGCCCUUACCCUUGUGAGGCUUGUGGGAAAAGAUUCAGCAGGCUAGAUCACCUCAGUAGCCAUUUUCGAACAAUUCACCAAGCUUGCAAGCCUAUCUGCAGGAAGUGUAAACGCCACGUGACGGAGCUGACGGGACAAGUGGUCCAGGAGGGGACAAGGCGUUACAGACUCUGUAACGAGUGCUUGGCUGAGGCUGGCAUAGACAGUAUUCGCAUUGACUUGGAGGCUGAAGCACCCCUCGAGUUCCCACAGGAUGGGGAUAAGGAUUCCAGGUGGCACUAUGGGGAGGACAACAGAUCGGAUGUGGAGAUUGUGGAGGAUGGGUCAACCGACUUGGUCAUCCAGCAAGUGGAUGACAGUGAGGAUGAAGCAGAUGAAAAGGAAGUAAAACCAAAUAUUAGGUAGUUGCAAGACAGGGAUUAGGAAUUCUGUUUAAGAGGAGAAGGUACUGUCUGACCAUGAGCCCUCCACCAGCCUGCUGCCAGCCUACAGGGACAACUUGGUUUCUCUUGAACAGGUCCAGACUUGCACGUGGUGAUGGACAUGCCAUGGAGUCCUUUCUGAGUUCUGUUCCCAGAAUACCCAUAUUUGCUUCACUGGAAAUAAUCCAUCCUUGAAGAAAAUAAUGGAUGAAGAAGGAAACUCCAAUGCUACAUGGAAUCCCUUUUUAUAGUAGACAAUGGGUCACUUCUCAAAACCCCUUUCAAGGGAGCAAGGCCUAAAUACUUUUUUUUUUUUUAAGCCACAUAAAUUGCCCACUUUUUAAACUUGUAGAGAUGUGGGGAUUAUAUGUAAUAGUGUCUGAUGAUAAAGUAUAAACACCCCAACACACCAGAAUAUAAAGGAAACCUCUCUUCAGUGUUCAGAAAUGAAGGAAAUCUUCCAUGAAAUGUCAUGAAGCCUUCAUAUUAUAUGGAAAAAAGGCAGCUAAUUAAGAAAAAAGCAUAUGAAAAUGUUUGGCUGGAAAAGCACUUUCUUGUAGAAUUUAUUAGAAUAAGGAGAAUCUUUAGCAGCUCAUUCAUUCAAGACCUAUUUCUUUACAAGAAAAUAAACAUGGGUGGUAGUCCUAGUCAACACAUCUGAGGUGAAAUGGUCACAGAAUUAAUUGAUGCCAGUAGAUGUUGUAUUCAUUCUGAAAACUGGGAACUCAGACUGGGCUGUGUUUUAAUAAGCUCUGGUAAAAUACUAUAUUUUUUUUAUAAAAAAACCUCUCAAAAGUGCCAGACUGAGGUGCCUGGGAGCCCUUCAUCCACAGCAUUGCCAGUGGCAGCUUCUCCAGGCCAGGGUGAAGCAACCAGUCCUUCCAAGGUUGCUGUAGCUGUUGUUUUCUCUCUUUGUCCCCUGUUUGAUUUGCCAGUAGCAGAACAAUUUGUACAGUAUAUAUAUUGUAUCAUUAGAAAUGGAACUGAUGAGAUUUUUCCAUCUGGAACUAUUGACUAGUCUUGUUUGUAUUGACCUGUACUGAGUGGAAACUGGUGAGUUUUAAGAUGGAAUCAUUCUCAAUUUAGAUAUUCCCCAAUUUAUUUGGUCACCAAGAGAACAUACUUGCACCUAUUUCAGUCUGUACUAUAUGCCAGAGAGAACAAGAUGUACUGGAAGUUCUAGACAUCAUCUUUGUGUGAUUUUACCAACAAUUAGACUACAAGAGAUGAGCUGACUAAGGGUAAAGAAACUUUACUUCCAUAACAAAAUAAGCCACUUGGUUUUGUUACUGAAUAAGUUUAUCUUAACCAGCUCAGCAAAGAGGAGAGGAGCAGAGGGAUGCUUUUACUCUGCAUCUUUUGGACAGACCUGAGUAUUAAUACAGCCUUCAUUCUGUGAUCACUGAGCUCCAUGGGUACAGGCUUUAGAAAACCUUGUGUUGUUUUUUUUUUUCUUUUUUACAACUUUGUAGCAUGUUUGGCUGAAACCUGGGCUUAAUUACAGAGCAAUCCCAUAUAUCUAUAGAAUAUAUAAUCUCUUUCCCAGGGAUAGCUAAGAAGUCACUAUUUUUAUUUGUGUAAAAACUGUAUAGCCUUAUUAGUGUCAUUACCAGAGGGUGCAGCAUUUUCCCUCCAGAUGACCAGCCUGCAGGUCUCUCCAGUGACAGCUCCAGUUCUUCCUAAGUUCACAGUGUAGGUAUCAAACAUCCUUCCCCUCAAACCUGCUGGGCUGUCAAGAAGCAGUUUGUAACUUCUCAGGAGAUGAGAAGUGGUACCUUACCAAAAUUAUUGUCCAUUGGCUUAGAUUCGGGGGGGGGGGUGUAGGGUUGGAAAGGGAGGAACUUAGAAAACUCCCUGAUGACCCAUAUGAAAACAUCUUUUUCCAAGAAAGACUUGCCUCAAUUUCAUGUUACACUUUGGUCAGCAGUUCACAAAAUGGACUCGAGGUGCCAACAGCUGGUUAAUUUCUUGGAGCUUAUUACUUCUAGAAUGCAUAUUAUUAAAUGGCUAAGAAAUAUUUCUGAGCAACCUUAACUAAAUCAAAUAUAGAACAAAGAAAUACAUGAAAGAAAAUGGAAUGACUGUGAUCAAAUUUCAAGGGAAAAUGCUUGCUGAAAUAAAAUUUAAGAGAUUUUUCCAUUUCCCUUUACAUUAAACAGAAUGCACAAUAAAUUCUAGGUCUUGGUGCCUGCUGUCCUGGAAUACAGAGGCUGGCAUUAGUCUGUGUGUGUGUUUUGGGGUGGAUUGAGGGGAAGGGAAAAUAAGUGUUACUCCAGGCCUGAAAUCUUAAAGGUGAGACUAUUAAGUGUGUCUGUAUCCCUGGGGGUGUUUAGAGGAGCAAAGGGAUUGUUGGAUCAAUGCUCUAAUUAGGUACUGUAAAUCUAGGCAUACUGAUGACCAGAUGCUUCAGAAAAAUAUGUGACUAUAAUGGACAAAUGGAACAAUCUGUCCCUUUAGACAUAUAUUUUAAAAUGUAGGCAGGUGAACUGUUGAUUUGCCUGGUGAACAAGGGGUUUUACUCUUUUUAUACGUUAUUGUUAUUCUCAGUAGCAUAACUAGGUAUCUAGCCAUUUUUAAAGUAUCUAAGCUUGGAGUUGUAGCUCAAGGCUGCAAUUCCCACAGGUCAGUUAUGUUUUGUAUUUUUUAAAUCUUAUCAUUUUUACAUUUGUUGCCUUAAUUUCAGUUGUUGUUUCCUUAUUUUUGUAUUGCAAGACAAGAUAAAUGUUAAGUGCCUUAUAUUUUCUAAGUCCUUCAUUUCACAUAGCCAGUCAUCUAUAUCUUGCUUGGUUUUCUCUAAAUGCAAGCAAUCCUGUUUGUUUUCUUUCCACCCCCUUGCAUUACAUCUGACUACUGUCUUCUUCCAUCUCCUGUUUGGAUCACAUCCCACUCAUUAGCAGGACAUUUUGAUUCUUUUCACAGGGAGGAAAGCAAAAGCUUGGCUAGACAAAGCCAUGGCUCAUCUGGUCUUGGUGCUGGCCUUUUUCCUGUGGGAGGUGGGACUAGAGACAUUCACAGCUCCCCUGUGACCAACAGUUCUGUGAUUCCCCUCAAACAGUUUGUUGUUUUAUAAAAAAAUUACGUUGUCCUUGCACUUCUUUCAUCAUCUCCAUGUUGCUUUGAAUGCUCCUUAGUGCUACUUUUUAAUGUAUCUUCUGAUCGUUCAUUGGUUUUCAAUGUGUCAUUGUCUUGUAAUUUGCUUUUCCACUCCCCUUUUCAUCUGACUCCCCCGGAGGGAUGUGCAGCUAAGAGACAUUCCCCCUUUGCACCUCUACUUUCUGUGCAAUCCCAGUGUCUGUCUUUUUUUCCUUGUCUGUCCUUAGUCCUCUUUUUGCCGGGCUUGUGUCCAUGAUUGUAGCACAGUCAAGAGUGAAGACCAAGGUUCCUCAUCCUCUGUUUCAUGUCUCACCUUUAAUCAGUCUUAUUUUCUGGCAACUAUCUUGCCAAUCCUUUCAAAGGCUGAAACACUGAGUUAAAAAAACAUUUCUCUUAUCCCCUUUUCAGCUAUUUCUUAACUAGAAUUCCACCUGCCACAUAAACCAAUGGCUUGUGUGAUAAUUGAUUAAGUUUUUAUCCUUCAUAUCAUAUCCCUUUUGUUGUUGUUGUUGUUUGCCAUUAAAUGAUGUAAACUUCUGUACUUAAAAUCCCCUCAAAAAUGAUAUUUGUCCUUUAUCUUAAAGGUUCAGCUGUGGGUUUUUUUGUUUUGCUUUGUUUUCCAAAUUUAAUACAAAAGGAACCCUAGACUCCAAAACACAACUUCUGAAUGAAUCUCCCUUUCCAACCUUUUAGUAUAUUUUGGUUCUAAAGAACUGAGAUGGGGGGGGGGAAAGG